AUGCUGUUGUCUCAGGAGAUCUGCACGGACGUGGGAGGGGACUGCGGAGGCACCUGGGAGAGAGACACUGAGUCCGAGGCGGCGCCGCAGCUCCCCGCCGAGGGGGCGGCCCCCGGCGGGCCCCCCGCCCGGCAGCCCUCCGCUGCCGUCGCUGACUACCGGCUGCAGCACGCGCAGGCCGAGGUGCAGGAGGUGGUUGACAUAAUAUGUGACAACAUGGACAGAGUGAUCAAACGGGAUGUGAGGCUCUCGGAGCUGGACGACCGGGCGGAUGCGCUCAAGGCUGGUGCUUCGGUGUUUGAAAGCAACGCGGCGCAGCUCAAGAGGAAGUACUGGUGGAAGAACUGCAAGAUGAUGGUCAUGAUGGGAGUGAUCUGUGCCAUUCUGGUGGUGGUGAUUGUAAUCUACCUCUGUACUUGAAUGUAUCCCCUUCAGUCUGCUCCCUACUGUCCYCUGUCACCUUGCCUGUCUCUUCUCUUUUUCCCCCAAAGUCUUUUCUUCCCCUCCACCUAGCUUCUUCAUUGAUUACUGGUUUAUGUUUGUCCCUUGGUUAAGACUCUCAAAUGUUGCUCUGAGCAUGGGUUAGACUCUUCAACAGACUGCUGCUGUAAGAGCCCCUUGAGUGCUUAGAUGGAAGGGAAGUAGAGGAAGAGUGGGCAGCUGUUGUUAGUUCUUUUCUGUAGAGAGCACACAGUUUGUUUUGGGUGUGAGCUUGUCAUAUAGUGCCUCUGUCAACUCUGGCAAUAUAAGAAUGCCUUAAUGCAGUGCCUUGAGAAGGAUGAAGGACCUAAGYAUAUGAGAUUCUUUAGCCUUCUGCCUAACGAGUGUGACUGAAACAUUCAUUUAGAUUUCUCUUCUCGUGGAGAGAUAAGCACUUAAAUCAUUUCUAGAACUUGCCUGACCUUAGGUUAAGAUGAUUUGCUUUCUUAAAAUGGCUGUCCCGCAUGUGUGGGAGCUUGUGCAAUUACAUUUAGUUGGUUAUAUGCACCUGAAGUAAACUAGACAGUAACAGAAUUUAUUUCAAUUAAAAUGUAUGUGUGGGAGUAAAAACCACCYGCCAAGAGAAAGGAGGAAAGACGAUAAGGAAUAUAAUUUAAAAAGAAAAAUGCUACUUUCUUCUAUGCAGACAUAAGCUAGSAUUCUGUCUUUUCUGUCUUCUAGGUUUCUGGCAAAGUUUGGGAUGGGGCAGAAUAGGAGUAGGAAUGGCAGUUUUGGUUUUGUGGUCUUGUCUUGCCUUACAUGUUUGAGUCUGCCGGGUGAUGGGUGGAGAGGGARGGAGCUAGAGGUGUUGCAGGUGAGACUGAGCAAGUUGCACUGUUUUCUUGAGAAUGCCUUUGCUGUUCCUCCUACCUCAGAGCCCAACUUCCAGCAGGUGUUACAGGAAACUCGGAACAGCCAGGGGUUCAGAAGGAAAGGCUGCUYUGGGCGUGCACAUCACAAAGCAGCAUCAGGUGCUUCUGCUGGGCAGCUCAGAUAUCUGGCCUGUCAAACUGAAAUUCUCCUGUUUGCUACAGCCUUUCUUGAUCUGGGACCCAUGGCGGUCUCUGGAAGUAAAUUUAGUGCAUGGAAUGUAAUGGUUUGCAGUCCCCCAUCUUGUUCCCCCUUGGGAUGAACAAGAAAUGUGUAUUAUUUAAACCCGCUCUGAAAGGUGGCUGCCCUGUGCCAUGUGCUGUAGGUGCCCCUGCCUGUGCAGAGCGGGGGAUUGGGCUAGAUGAUCUCUAGAGGUCCCUUCCAACCCCAACCAUUCUGUGGGUCUGUUGUCAGACCUGCAGUUAAGUGAGUUGUGUUCUUCAUCAGUUUCUGCAGCCUUUCAGGGUUGUAUGAGCCUCUCUGAACUGUGGCCUGCAAUCUAGCCCAGAGAGCUAAAUUUAGGAAGCUCUAUCUCAGGUCUAGGA